UAUAGUUUCCCUUUGAUUCAACAUUUGUAUUGACCAACUGAUCAAUCACAGCUAAAAUUUGAAUCCCUUUUUAUAUUUUGGGUGAAGAUUUGAAUGACUUCCACUAAAGAAAGUGACAUCGCUUCCGAUACUCCCUCUUCGCCCAAAAACGUGUACAAGGAUCCGGAUGAUGGGCGGCAGCGAUUCCUACUCGAAUUAGAAUUCGUGCAGUGCCUUGCCAAUCCUACUUACAUCCACUAUUUGGCUCAAAAUCGCUAUUUCGAAGACGAGGCAUUUAUUGGAUACUUGAAAUAUCUUCAAUACUGGCAACGACCAGAGUACAUAAAAUAUAUCAUGUAUCCCCAUUGCCUAUAUUUCCUUGAACUUCUUCAAAAUGCAAAUUUCCGAAAUGCAAUGGCACAUCCUGCCAAUAAGGAAGUGGCACAUAGACAGCAAUUCUUCUUUUGGAAGAACUACCGAAACAAUCGGUUGAAGUUCAUUUUGCCUAAGCCUCAGCCUGAGGAAGCUCCUACACCUGCAGUCCCGCCCCCUGCUGCUGCUCAACCUCAGCUUCCCUUGUCAGCUAGCAAUAUUGCCAUGACAACUGCUCCUCCAGCUCCUGCUUCAGCGCCUUCUCCAAUGCCUUAUGGCCUUGCCUCUGGAUCUGCUCUUGUGAAAAAUGAUAUGCGGAAUAGUGGAAUUGAUCGAAGAAAAAGGAAGCAUGAAAGAAGCUAAACUUGAUGAACCAUCUAUGUUGAAGUAGCAGGAUGUGUAUUUCAUGAGGUUCAUUGACCAUUGUCGGGGGAGCCGUUAGUGGACGAACAAUAACACAUUGCAGUAGUAUUAGUAUAAACCAUGACACUGGAUUGAAUUGGUAGUGCCCUUUGUAUUGCCUUUGAAUUGUUUAAAUGUAGCUGAGUCUUGUUUUUCGUA